UACAGAUAACCAGACCCUUAAGAAGCAUCCUAUCUUAAUUCCUUUCAUCUCUUCUAGGCUUCUAGCUAGCAGUCCGUUUAGCAGUCAUGGCCGAGAAGGAGAAGGUUUGUGCUGAUUAAAUACACCAUUUCAUUUUUCCUUUUUUUCUUUUUUUAAAAAGGAUAGUAUUUUGUAUUUUAGUUGAUGCAUCGGCAUGGCUCCCUAAUUAAUUUUGCUCAUCUUAUCUGCUCUUCUUCUAAGUCAGAACCUGAAUCUUCUUCUUCCAAACAAUCCUCUUUCCGAUGCUUCCUUCUCUUCUAAUAUAUACGAAUCUAAACAUAUAUAUAUAUAUAUAAAAAUGAUUGGAGACGAUGGCGUGGGGUGCAGCGACUCAGGACGGUGGCAGAUUCAGAGGGCGGCAAGGACACAACUGGAGGAGUGGAGAUUAUAGGAAUAGAACACAGGGACAGGUAGAAUCAUUCUUCAUAUACAACUUUCCAGAGGAUUGGGAUGCGAAGGCUCUGUGGUAUCAGUUUCAGAAUAGUGGAAAGGUGGUUGAUGUGUUUGUCCCAAGUAAGAGAGAUAGAUGGGGGAAAUGGUUCGGAUUUGUCCGAAUGCGAGGAGUACAAGAUGUUAAGCAACUAGAAGAGAAACUAAAUAGGAUAUGGAUCGGAUCCUAUAAGCUGAGGGCAAGAGUGGCAUCUGUCAUGAGGCAGAGAGAGUUAGGAAAUCAGAGGAUUGCUGGGAAAAAGGCUGGGACUGUCAGGGUACAGAAAGGGUAUGGGCACCGAAGAAAUGCUAGCUUGAAAGUGGGGAUCAGGGAGCAGCGACUUGUUCAACCAGGAGUAACAUACGUCCAGGCUGUUAUGGGAUCUUCAAGGAAAGAUAGAGCUCUGGAUCUGAAUACACAAGCAGAAGAGAAGGUGAAAUCAGCAGCUACGGAUAGGGCAUCAAUUAAUCAAAGGAAGGAUGUGAAUCCUGAGGAGAAAAACUCCGGUGAUAAGGAGGGAGCUGUGAAAGAGGGGUACAAUAGGGAGGAAAUUAUAGAAUUUUUCCCAUUGAAAGAGAAGAAUCAAUGGCUGCAGGGGAGCAUGAUAGUAAUGGUUAAGUCCAUGUCAAUGAUCUCUAUUAUUCAAGAGAGACUGGAUGUGGAUGGGGGCUUGAUAAAUUUAUCUCCAUUGGGAGGAAGGAGCGUAUUAUUAAUGGAGAGACUGGCGGGUUAUUUGAAGGAGUAUGUGCAACAACACAAAGAGAUGCUUGAGCUCUGGUGUGAGAAAAUUCAGCCAUGGGAUGUGGCACCUCAAAAUUACGGUAGAAUGGUUUGGGUGCGUAUAUCUGGAGUUCCAUUAAAAGCCUGGAGUGAUAGAUGCUUUGAGAAGAUAGCAGCCUCAUUAGGGGAAGUAGUACUGGUGCAUGAAGAUACAAAAUCCAAGUCGAUUUUGUGUGAUGGAAGAGUGUUGAUUUUAUGCUCUGAAAUGAACAAAAUUGUAAAGUCAUUGAAGUUAAAAGUGGAGGAGAAGGUGUAUCAGAUCAGAGUAAUGGAGGAAGAGUGGAGGGCCGACCCGGAUUGGUGGCUGUCGGAGGAUGACCAGAGGGAAGAGGCAGAAACGAAUUCCGAUAUCUCUUCAUCGGAACAGGGGGAUGAGGAUCACGAAUUCAAUUAUUUCGAGAUUCGAGGUGAUGAGAUAGAUGAUGUAGAGGAGAUUGAUGGGGAACGGCUAGAGGCAGAGGGAAGUUUGAAUUCAAAACAAGAUGGAACAACAGAGAGUAGGGGGUUUGACAGAGAGGAGAAUAAGGAGCUGGAUGGGCCCAACUAUAAAAAGGGCCUAAUAAGGGGUGCAAAUGAUGGGCCAGAGGAUGAAAAUGGGCUGAAGGGGAAUAUUUCUCAAGUGCAGGAAACAAGUGUAACGGGGAAUGGGCCGAAGACCAUAAUCGGCAUUAUAGGUGAAGUGCAGGGGAUAAUUGAGGGGGAGCUGAAUAAUGAAGUUGAUUUGGGAAUUAGGGAUCCGAGAGAGAAAAAAAAGAAAGAAGUAAAAGCAUGCUACCCUCAAGAGAAGAUUGCAGGCAGCGAAAGGAAGGCUCAAGGGAGCUCAGACGGAAGUAUGCAGAGUCAUCGCCGAAUCCAGGAAGAACAACAGAAAGUCCAGAUCGGGGCGGCAGUGCAGGAUCAACGGGCUGGGAGUGCAUCUUUGUCGGACGGUUGUAUAGCUCACAGAAACAAGGUGAUACGCAGGGAGAUGAACGGUCAGGAGGUAAGAAGAAUUUUUAAUUUAGGCAAACGGUUGGGUAUAGAAGUGGGUGAAAAUGAGGAGGAAGUUCAGUCAAAAUUAAUGGAGUUGGAGGUGAGGGACGAAGGACAGGGGAGGGGGAGUGUGUUGAAGAGGAAGGAGGUGGGAAAAUUGGUAAAAGUCGAACGUCCGGAUGUAUUAUUUUUGCAGGAGACAAAAUUAGAGGUGGUGCAGGGGAAUCUUUGUAGAUCGAUGUGGUUUUCGGAUGAAUUUGAAUGGGUGAUGAAGGAAUCUGUAGGAGCUUCUGGAGGUCUGUUGUGUGUUUGGAAUAGGUUGAAAUUUGUGAAACAAAGGGAGUUUACAGGUGACGGGUAUGUGGGUAUUUCGGGGGAAUGGGGAUCUCAGAAGAUAAGGUGUAAUUUGGUGAAUAUUUAUGCAGCAAAUGAUAGACAAAAGAAGCUCAAGAUGUGGGAAGAGCUUCGGCAUAUGAUAUUGGAGGAGGAAGGCCGAUGGCUGAUCGUUGGAGAUUUUAAUGCGGUUAGAAAUACAAAUGAAAAGAAGGGUAAAACGGGGGAGACAACGGAAAUGAGGGAUUUCGAUGAUUUUAUCGUGUCAGUUGGUUUGGUGGAUUUAAAGUUGGCCAAUAGACGUUUCACGUGGUACAGGCCGGAUGGAUCAUCUAUGAGUCGGUUAGACAGGGUCUUGAUGUCGGAUGAGAUGUACAAUUUGGGAAGGGAAUGUGUGCAGCAAGGAUUGAAGAGGACUGUGUCAGAUUAUUGUCUGAUUUUGGUCAAAACAUCAGCAGCGGAUUGGGGACCGAAGCCUUUUCGGAUGUUUGAUGCUUGGCAACAGCACCCACAAUUUAGGAAGGCGGUGGAGGACAAAUGGAAGGAACUAAAGGUGGAAGGGUAUGCUGGAUUCAGAUGCUUGCAGAAGCUAAAGGGAUUAAAAGAAUUUUUAAAAGGUUGGAAUAAGGAGGUGUUUGGGAAUAUGGAAUCACAGUUCAAUGAAGUUGCAGAAAAAGUUGAAAGGAUUGACUUGAAAAAUGAAGUUGUGGAGCUGGAGGGAAGCGAGGUGAAUCAAAGGAAAGAAGGCUUUCAGCAAAUAUGGGACAUGUUGAGGAUGAGAGAGGCUAUGUGGAAGCACAAAUCAAGAAAUGAUUGGGUUAAAUUGGGGGACCAGAAUACCAGGUAUUUCCAUAAGGUUGCAAAUGGGAGAAAGGCGCUUAAUAAUAUCCAGGGAAUAAUGAGUGACGGUCACUGGGUAGAGGAACCAGUUUUGGUUAAGAAAGAGGUGAUGUUAAACUUCCGCAAGAUGUUUCAAGAGGAAUCUUGGGAUCGGCCUAAGCCUUCAAAUAUUGAAUUCAAGAAAAUCUCUGAAGAGCAGACGGAAUGGCUUGAGAGACCAUUUACUGUUGAGGAGAUCGAAGAAGGAUUGAAGAGCUGUGAUGGAAGUAAAGCCCCGGGCCCUGACGGUGCCAAGUUAGUGAAGGGGCUGAAUUCUUCUUUCCUUACAUUAGUCCCGAAAAAACAGAAUCCUAGGGACUUGAAAGACUUUAGGCCUAUUAGUUUGGUAGGUUGCGUGUACAAAUUAUUGUCAAAGGUGCUAGCUAAUAGGCUUAAAAAUGUAAUAUCAGAAAUCAUCAGUGAAACACAAUCUGCUUUUGUUGGGGGAAGACAAUUAGUUGACAGCGUCCUGGUUUUAAACGAAGUUGUGGAUGAGGUUCGGAAUAGGAAGACAUCAGCUUUUGUUUUCAAGGCUGAUUUCCAAAAAGCUUAUGAUUGUGUUAACUGGUCUUAUCUAGAUUGGAUGAUGGAUAGAUUUGGUUUUGGAACCAAGUGGAGGGGGUGGAUUAAAGAGUGCCUAUCAACCGCACGAUGUUCAGUGCUGGUAAAUGGAAGCCCAACGGAGGAGUUUGAUUUGGAGAAAGGGCUGAGGCAAGGGGAUCCUUUGUCUCCAUUUCUAUUUCUGAUGAUUAUGGAGGGGCUAAAUGGACUGGUGUCAUUGCUGCAAUUCGCAGACGAUACGGUAAUUUUGGGAAGAGCUACUAGUGAGAAUGUUCUUAUGGUCAAAGCUAUUCUAAGAUGGUUUGAGAUAAUGUCAGGAUUGAGAAUUAACUACAGCAAAAGCAGUAUCUAUGGACUUAAUGUGAAAGAGAGAUGGGUAAGAGGAGCUGUAGGUGUUUUAAGGAGGAUAUCGUGGGUGAAAUGGGAAGAUAUUUGUGGUAGAAAGGUGAAUGGAGGACUAGGAGUUCCUGAUUUGCAUCGUAGAAAUUGGGCUUUGUUAGGAAAAUGGUGGUAUAGGCUAGGGGAUGGAAAGGAGGGGUUAUGGAAAAGGGUAGUGAAAGAGAAAUAUUACGGUGGUGGGCAGGAGGGCAAUAUUACAGAUGUGGAGAAGAUUCGAGUGUCAAAGAUUUGGGGGGACAUCCUUAGUAUAGGCGGGAAAUCCAAUACUUUAAAAAAUAUGCUGGUGAAGGGGUUUAAAUGGGAGGUAGGAGAUGGUAGUAGGGUGGGUUUCUGGAGGCAAAUCUGGGUGGGGAAUAAUUCUUUAAGAGAUUCUUUCCCUCGGCUUUUUCAAUUAGCCUCUAACAAGGAGUGUAUGGUUCAGGAGUAUGGGUGUUGGGAAGGGGAUAGUUGGAAAUCUGUAGGUGACAAUUGGAAGUGGAGAUAUGAGGCGGAGGGUAGGUUGGUGCCAUCUAAAGUGAGCUUUUUUGGGUGGAGGUUGUGCUUAGAUAGACUCCCAACUAGAGGGAAUUUACAGAAAAGAGGUGUGAACUUUCAGGAGGACAAUAUAUUGUGUGGAUUCUGUAAGAAAGGGGUAGAGGAGGUAGAUCACUUAUUUUGCACGUGCAUGGAAGCUUGGGGAGUUUGGGUCAAGACGAUCAAGUGGUGGGGGAUGGAGGUGGUGAUGCCGGACACAGUGAAGGGCGUGGCUGAGAUGUUCAUAAACGGUAUAGGCAGUUUGGUAGGAAAAGAGAUGGGAGCCUGCAUUUUUCUCGUUACUGCUUGGUAUUUGUGGUAUAGGAGAAAUGUUUUGGUAUUUCAGAGGGAAGAGGUCAUUAAGGAGCAAUUGUUGGAGUUAAUUCAAGUUAAGACUCACUUUUGGAUAAGAAAUAAGGUGGCUGGAUGCGCUUUUUCAUUGGUCCAAUGGCAAAGUAACCCGAGGGAAUGUGCAAGGGAGCUGAAGUAGUACAAGAAAUCCUUGAAGAAGUUUAAUCAGCAACAAAAAUGUCUUCAGUCCUUAAGUUGAAGUCUGUUCUUUACUGAUUACUCUUGUUCUUUUGGGGAUUUUCAUAUUGUUGAGAUCCUGCAGUGUCUUUUUUAACAUGCAGGGAGUUGGUUUCCCUCUUUUGUAAAAGGGGUAGGAGUAUCUCUUAUACUCCAGUAUUUUAAAUAAAAUAAAUUCUUUGCU